AUGAAAAAUAAAAAUAAAUAUGACUACCUGCUCAAGUUGUUACUUGUUGGAGAUUCCAGCGUGGGCAAAAGCAGCAUCCUGUGCAGAUACUCCGACAAUCAGUUUGAAGAAAAGGUCCUCUCAACCAUAGGCAUCGACUUCAAAGUGAAGUAUCUCAAAAUAGACAACAAAACGAUAAAGGUGGGAAUUUGGGACACGGCCGGGCAGGAGAGAUUCCGGACGCUGACCUCUGCCUAUUAUAGAAACGCGCACGCGAUUAUUCUGGUGUACGACUGCACCGUGAGAGAGUCCUUCGAAAACCUGGACGUGUGGAUUCACGAAAUCGAUAAGUAUUCAACAAACAAAAAUGCUAUCAAGAUGUUGGUGGCGAAUAAGAUUGACAAACCGAACCACGAAGUGACGAAGGAUGAAGGGAAAAACUUCGCAUUCGAAAACAAUAUGUUGUUUUGUGAGACGAGUGCGAAGAAUGAUAUCAACAUAACGUACUGCUUUGAGGAGCUCAUUCAGCAGAUCUUAAAUAAUCCCUCUUUGCUGGAACUCAGUAUUGUCACCAAAAAUUUGAAGCUCAGCAAGAAGGAGGAAAGUCGAGCCAAUUGUGUUUGUUAG